AAGAAGAGAAGAGAUAUGAGAUGAUGAGGUGGGAAGUGGAGAGAACAUUAAGAAAGCAGAGAGUGAGUGAGUAAGAGAGCCACCAUCGUCCUCGUGGGCUCACGCACUUCGUCACGGCGGUCAACCCCUUUCCUCCUCCCUUCAUUUACGCCUUUUCAUGAGAGACGUGUCCCUCUUUUAUUUCACGUUAUCACUUUCCUUCUUCCAUUAACCUCCCCACCAUCCCCUCCUCCUCCUCCUCCUCUCUCUCCCCCCCCCCUCUCUCAUAUAUAUAUAUAUAUAGAACUACACUUCGCUUUCGGGCGCGUCUUACCAUCUAAUGAUUCAUUGUUCAGGUUUAUAAAUUCUUAUCCUCUACUUGCCCUCCAAGUGUUCGAUAAAUUUCCCCACUGGUUUCUGGUUUCAUACCUUAUGGACGAUUUGCUGUGCCAUGAGACAUGGCUUUCGAGACCCCUGAACGCCCAUGACUUCCAUGAUGAUGAUUCUUCUAAUGUUGAACUACCCUUGUUCAGAUAUAGUGGUUGUGAUUAUAAGUAUGAGAAUGAAGAGUUUGAGUGGGCUUUUUGUGUGUGCAUCGAGAAGGAGGUCUCUCUCAUGCCUGAACCUAAUUAUGUCCACUAUCUCUAUUCCAACAAUUUGAUUCCUGCUAGGGUAAGAGUCAUUCAAUGGUUUCUCAAGUGUAGAAGUCGCCUUAAUCUUUCUUUUGGAACAGUCUUCUAUGCGGCCAAUUACCUAGACCGAUUUAUAUCUAUUUGUCAAUGCAAUGAUUGGAAAUAUUGGAUGGUUGAAUUGCUGUCGAUUACGUGUCUAUCAACUGCGAUAAAGUUUAAUGAGACAUCAGCAUUCAGCUUGCAUGAAGUUCAGAUGGAGAGCUUGGAUCAUUCGUAUGAAUCAAACACAAUCCUGAGAAUGGAGCUGAUACUGUUACAAGCAGUAGGGUGGCGCCUUAACACUGUGACACCUUAUUCCAUCGUAGAAACCGUAGUCUGCUAUGUUCCCUCGUCCUUGAGACCCAAUCUUCAUGAGAAUAUCAUGUCACGAGUCACCAAACUGCUUCUUCAAGCUACUUUAGAUCUGAGAAUGAUGGGGUUUAGGCAAAGCGUUGUUGGAAUAUCAGCACUAUGGUGCAGUUUAGAGGAGUUAUAUCCCGCUGUGUCUGAUGCUUUCAUUGCUUACAUAAUGAAAUUACUCAGUCAAAGUCAGAAGGAGGAUCUCAUUAAGUGUCACAAGAUUAUGGACAUUAUUUCAACAACUUUAGAGGACAGUUAUGGCCAUCACUAUUGCAGCCUUUCUAAGAGCCCAACCACUGUUCUUUGAUUAAACAUAAUUAAAAUGGAGAUUAUGAUUCCAUUGUUGGAAGGUCGAGAUAAUAUAUUGUUAUAGCGGGGCACGAAAUAAUCUUCAAAUAACAUGAAUGUAUUUAAGCUUACGGUCCACACUUUAGUCUCAAGUAGUCCCUUGUUUUAUUUAUAAGUUAAUUAUCUAAUUCUCACAUUUUUGUGUGUGCACACGUUAAAAGCAUGUAAUUAAGAGCCAUGUUGGAAUAAAUCAGUAUUCUAUUGCUCCUUUUGUUUUAUGAAUAUUUCUAGGGCAGACUAAUUCAAAAUAUCACUGGUGCCAAAAUGUAAUAGAUCUAAUUCUAUUACCGUUUUUUUUUUUCUUUUUUUGCCUAAAAAUUAAACUGUCUUAAGAGUGGAGAAUAUAUAAAAAGAAAUAAGAAUAGAACCCUUUCGUUACAGUUUAGUUUAACCUUGGCAAUUGAAACUGAUGGUGCUAUUUGAGCUCUGCCUUCUUUGUAUAAAAUCAUUUCUUGAGCGGCCAUCUGCAUGACUUUGACCAAUAUUCAUCUAUAUUAGGCAUUUCUUUUUAUAAAUUGUACAAUACUCAUCCAUUAACUUAUGGAUAAUACCAUUUCAUGUAAUUUUUUAUAUUUAUUGAUGAUAUUGAUAAGACUUGCAUUGACAAGAAAUCAAUGAAUGAGAAUUUGGAUAUGCCAAUAUUAAUUAUAAGUUUUUUUAAAUAAUUUAAUCUUUCUAGAAAAUCACCAACGUAAUUUCUCCGCGUAUUAUUCAAUUUUGUUUUAAUCUGUGACCUUUCU